UUAGAAUCGCGACCUUGCGAAUGCUGGCGGCAAGAACGCUCGUAUGCUCAUGCGACAGCCCUAGUGUGAGCACAGUACCCAGCAUCAUGCGCAUAUCACCUGAUGCGAGCCAAAGCGAACAGGAGCCGAGCGUGGAACGCAGUUGCAUAGACUUUGGCUGGCUGCGGAGCAAGCCGUGCCGAGCGUACUGUACCUCGGCCUGCCUUUUCGCAGCACUAUCGUGGCAAGUGAACCAGUGACACCAUCUACCUCGCCGAACACGCUGAACUAAAAAGCACAUGGCGCUCCUCGACAAGAUCCCUGGCGAGCUGAGCAUAUACAUUGGCGGCCUUUUCACGGUUCGACGCCGAGUCGCUCUUGAGGCGUCUGGGAUCACACACAUACUGUCGGUCCUGAAGUUACCUUUGGACCAGCGGCUCUUUGAGGGUUUCACUCACAAGGUUGUCGAAGUCGACGAUGUCGAUGACGAAAAUCUGCUCGAGCACUUUCCUGCAUGUAUUCGGUUCAUCCGGGAUGCAGUUGGUUCGGGAGGAGGUGUGCUUGUCCAUUGUGCGAUGGGGAAGUCCCGCUCGGCGACUGUAGUCUGUGCCUUCCUAAUACAGAAGUACGGUAUCACACCAGAUGAGGCACUGGCGCAGAUUCGCGAGGCUCGUCCGCUGUGUGAGCCUAACGACGGCUUCUGGCAACAGCUAAAGCUGUAUCAUCAGAUGAAGGCACCCAAUGAUGUAGAGUCCACGCCUACGUACCAGCGCUGGCUCUACCAGAGGGAGAUCGAACUCAGCCGGGCUUGCGGCCAAGCGCCUGAGGCCGAGAAGAUACGCUUCGAAGAUGAGCAUGCCGUAGACGGCACACCGACCGACUUCGAGCUGAGGUGCAGGAAGUGCAGGCGCUCACUCGCUACCUCACAGUAUUUGGUUGAGCAUCAGUCAAGGCCAACCAAUGCAUUAUUGACGUCGUGUGCACACUACUUCCUGGAUCCGUUAUCUUGGAUGCGGCUAGAGCUUGAGCAGGCCAAGCUAGAUGGCCGGCUCGAAUGUCCUAAAUGCAAGACCAAUGUCGGCAAAUAUGCAUGGCAAGGUAUGCAAUGCAGUUGCGGCGAGUGGGUAGUGCCUGCCAUUACCUUGGCCAAAGGGAGGGUCGAUGAGGUCAAAGUGAAGACGGAGUCUGGCACUAGCAUGGGCAUACGAAUGCCACCGCCAGCGAACGGGAGGCGAUUAGCAGGCGGCCAAGAGCAUCUGUGAGCAUUGCACACACAUUUGCAAUGGGCGCUCGAAAUAUCGGAGUCUGGCCGCCUUCGACAGGCGAAGCGAAACAAUCUCCUCGAUAGACGUUCUCGCGAAGAAACUAGAGACAACACUGUCGUUAAGCUUUCAAAGCUCCUGCCUUCAAGUUCUUCGUAGCUAUAACCGUCAGAAAGCGCGUUCGCGAACCACUC